CCAAACUCUCUAAACCAGCCGUCUAAGACAAGUCAUUCUCAUUGGAAUGUGCACUGUGCACUGACAAAAGUGAUUCAACUACCAACCGAUCCUUCUCUCCUCAAUCUAUUGUACCCAAGUACCACAUGCUUCUCCCUACAUAUGAACGCCCUCGGCUAGUCUUCCUGUGAGAGUUAUGUGGGGUUUUUACGGAUGUCCCAAACAGCUACGAACUGUCUUAAGAGAGCGAAUCCAUAGAAUCAGUCCGUGCCUGUUUGGAAAACUAACCUAGGACGCGAGUAACAUCAGGCAAGUGAAAUCCAGGUGACUUGGUAGGCUCCUCCUUGGUUACAUGCCUGGUUGGUUGACUGGGGAACCAACAAGAGUUUUUGGCUCACUCGCUCAGCGGCAAACCGAAGGCCAUUGUAGUUGGGCAUCAUGGGACUAAAAGAGUUCCUCUUGGGAAACCGAUGGGUUUUGGCCGUCUGGCUUCUUCCAAUUUCGUUCAUCUAUGACCUGAUUUGGUACGUCAGGUCCAAGUAUGUGUUCUGGGCAGGGUCCGCCCCCAAGAAACACGAUGAGAGGGUCAAAUAUGUCCAGAAACAAGUGCGAGAUUGGCAAACAUUGGGGAAAGGACGAAAGAUGUGCACUGCCAGACCUCAAUGGAUGUCGAUAUCACAGCAGAAGAUCAACUACAAAAGCACCUCCUACCAAGUUGAGGUCAAUCUCAUGGAUAUCUUGAACAUUGACACCGACAAGAUGGUUGUUACUUGCGAGCCCAUGGUCUCCAUUGGACGACUGAUCGACCUCCUGAUCCCUCUGGGAUACACAGUGCCCAUUGUGCCCGAGAUUGGGGAUCUCACGGUGGGUGGAUUGGUGAUGGGCGGUGGUAUCGAGUCCACUUCUCACAAAUACGGCCUCUGGCAGCACAUCUGCCCACGAUACGAGAUUGUCGUGGCCGACGGUACGCUAAUGGAGUGCUCCAAGGACAAGAACUCGGACCUCUAUUAUGUCAUCCCGUGGUCAUACGGAACAUUCGGAUUCUUGACCGCACUAGACAUUCAAAUCAUCCCGUAUAAGUCCUAUAUUCGUCUCGAAUACCAGCCCACCUAUACCAUGGAGGAGUCCAUGAAAGUAUUUGAUCAUGAGACCAGGAAGGAAUCCGGCAACGAUUCCGUAGAGGGUAUCAUGUAUAGCCGGGAUAAGGGUGUCAUCAUGACUGGUGUUUUCACCGACGAAUGCGAGAAAGACAAAUACAAUCCCAUUGGACGUUGGUACAAACCCUGGUUCUUUACGGAAGUUGUUAAAGUGUUAGAUGAGGGCAAAAAGGUGGAGUACAUUCCGACCAAAGAUUUCUACUUCCGACACAAUAAGCCCUUCUUUUGGCUCACUGAUGUUUGGGUACCAUUUGGCAAUCACCCCAUUUUUAGGUACUUAUUCGGCUACCUCUUGCCCUACAACUACGGUCUUCUGAAAUUGAUCAACGAAAGAGUCAUGCCCACUCAGCUAACCGAAAAUUUUGUCGUUCAGGAUUUUGGAAUCCCUGCCAAGUAUUUCAAGACUGCGAUUGAUUUCUUCGAUGAUAUUGUUGGGAUCUACCCACUUUGGCUUUGCCCCGCUCGGGCUUUGGACACCGGUCCAAUUCAUUCGUUGAAGGAUGAAGAUGAGAUCCACAUUGAUAUCGGGAUUUAUGGACAUUGCAAGAAGCCCAAAUAUGACAAAGUAGAGACCUUGAGAGCCAUGGAAAAAUUUGCUAGAGAUUACAAUGGCUAUCAAGGGCUCUACGCAGAAACACUCAUGACUUAUGAAGAGUUCAAAGAAAUGUUUGACGGAACAACGUACUUCAAGGUGCGAAACUCUCUCCCUCUCACCGAAGAGGCCUUCCCUGAGGUCUAUCAUAAAGUGAGCAAAAUGGGGAGGACCUAAUUGCUUACUACCCCAGUUACGUAGCCCAAAUCAGAGAAUGGAAUGUAACUUUUGUUUAGAAAUGCUUGUUAAAAUCAUUGCCAAUGUGGUUCUCUCCCAACAAAAGUGUUCAAAUGACGCAUAAAUUCCAAUUUUCUAUGAAA